UAAAGUUAAACAUUUUGAUUGGCCGAUCGCCUGUAUUGAAAACUUGUGGUGGUCGUCGUCGGUUAGGACCUGAAAUGAUGGCAUCAGCUGAAUUUUCUCACGUGCUUCCUGGUCAGCACGUGUAUGAUGGCGUCCUAUUCUUCGGUUACAGUCCCCCGGAUGUACUGGACGCGAUCAAGGACUUUUCUGUUCGGGAAGAUGACGUUUUUAUUGUGACAUAUCCUAAGGCAGGAACAACGUGGAUGCAGGAGGUUCUAUGGCUGAUUAUGAACGAUGGGGACUUUGAAGGGGCCGGCAAAAAGCCAGUCUACUUCCGGUCACCUUUCUUAGAGUUCAAGGACGAUGUCUUGAACGAGGUCGGCCUUGACCUUGCUGAAUCCAUGCCGUCACCACGUGUGAUGAAGACACAUCUCCAGCCUUCCAUGGUCCCGCGGGCUACCACACAGAAACACUGCAAAAUGAUACUGGUAUUUCGGAACCCUAAGGAUCUGUGCGUGUCCUACUAUCAUUUUUACAAGUCAAGUUCAUCCGUCGGCAACUUUAAAGGCACAUGGGCCGAAUUUCUGGAGAUGUUUAAAGCUGGACAUGUUGACCAUGGUUCCUGGUUUGACUUCACACGACUGUGGUGGGAGCAACGAGACAACCCGAACCUCAAACUUGUCUUCUACGAGGAUAUGAAAAAGGAUCUACCAGAAACUAUUAAGGGGUUGUGCGAGUUCCUGGACAGGCCAUUAGACGAUUCCACGAUACAGAAGAUCGCCAAACACUGCCAGUUCAGCAGUAUGAAGGAGAACCCAAUGACGAAUCAUCUUGAUGUAUAUUCUAUAGACAGUAGAAUAUCUCCCCUCCUCAGGAAGGGAGAGGUCGGAGAUUGGAUGAAUUAUUUCACAGUCGCUCAGGACAAGGAGUUCGACUCUUUCUACGAUGAAAAACUGGGAGCAUUAGGGAUACCUUUUACAUACCAACUGUGAACGGACAAUGAUGUGAUAUAUAGGGCAAACCCGGUAUAUCAUAGUACAGGAACAGUGUACAACACAGGUACUGGGGCCUCAGAAUGUUGACAUUUUAUGUAACCUUAAAGAUGCUACUCCUCCGACAAACAGAAUUCUAAUGACCCACUGAAAACCGAUCUGAUUAAAGUAUGACCUACUGAGAUCCAAUCUGAUUAAAAUAUGACUGAGAUCCAAUCUGAUUAAGUUAUGACCUACUGAGAACCAAUCUGAUUAAGAUAUGACCCACUGAGAUCCCAUCUGAUUAAGAUAUGACUAACUGAGAUCCAAUUUGAUUAAGAUAUGACUAACUGAGAUCCAAUCUGAUUAAGAUAUGACUAAGUGAGAUCCAAUCUGAUUAAGAUAUGACCCACUGCGAUCCAAUCUGAUUAAGAUAUGA